AUGUCCUUCACGAAUGCGCCAGUGACGCGCACCCUCGUUCUUGGCCUUGUGACGAGCUCCAUUGCUGCCAGCUUGCUUGACGUCAAGCAUUACUUCUACAUUGUUGUAGACACCCAUUUAUGGCGCUAUCAUCAGUUCUGGCGCCUGCUGGCGUACCAGCUAUGCUGCACCAACUCGAGCGAGGUCCUCUUCGCAUCAAUGACUCUCUACCACUUGAGGGUCGUUGAACAAAUAUGGGGAUCAAGGAAAUACGCUUCAUUUGUAGCUGUAUCAGCUCUCUUCACUGCAGUGAUACCUCCUGUUCUACUGUCCAUCAUACCACGGACAUUGACCGCGGGUCUAUUCAACUAUAUGCCAGCCGGCCCUACCCCGAUCAUCUUCGCUAUCCUCGCGCAAUAUCAUGCUGCGAUCCCCAAUAUCUACCGAUAUCGCGUCGCGGCUUCCGCAGCUCCGCCCACAAACGACCAAUUUGUCGGAUUGACUUUCUCUGACAAGACGUACCGCUACGCUCUCGCUCUACAGUUGGCACUCUUCCAGUGGCCGGGUUCACUGCUGGGAGCUGCGGUCGGUUGGAUUGUGGGACACUCCUGGAGGAACGACUUGCUACCAGUUCCAUUGACAAAAUGGCGCCUUCCCGGGUGGAUGGUCGGAGUCAAGACACAGAGAAGAAGGACAGAAUUCGAGGGUCUUCGAAGGCGGUUGGAGGGUGAGGGUUCAUCUGCAACCACCUCGGGCGCGCAGGGCCAGGUGGAUGGAGACGCAGGACGGAGGAGACCGGCCGGCCAAGAUAGGCGGCAAGACUAA